CCCCUCUGCCUUCGCCUCUCCCCUUCUCCCUCUAAUCUCUCUAUCGGCCCCUCCCUCUCUCACUCCCUCCCCACUUUGAGAGCAAUGGAGUUCGUCCUCGAGAACCCCCUCAUGUUCUCCGAUGAGGAUGCACGGCACCCGGACUCCAUCUCCAGCCUCUUCGCCGCCGAAAACAAUUUUCUGAUCUCCCAUCGCGGAGCUAUAAUUCUCUCUGCUCGCCAUGACGCCGCCUCUGUCGCCCAUGUGUUCUCUCCAAAUCUGGGUCCGUCCGUGAUCUACCUCGCCAUCAACUACAUCGAUCGCUUCCUCUCCAGUCGAGAAAUCCCGCUGGUGAAGCCGUGCAUCGCGUCUCUCCUCUCCAUCGCCUGCCUCUCUAUCGCUGCCAAAAUGACGAUCAACGGCUUCUCCCUUGCCGAUCUCCAGGGAUCUGAACAACCCCAGUUCACUACGGCGACGAUCGAGAGAAUGGAGAUGGUGGUUCUAAGCGCCCUGGGUUGGCGAAUGCGAUCCAUUACCCCUUUCGCCUUCCUUGACUUCUUCCUCCAUUCCUUCCCGCUCGCCGAUGCCGCUCUCCGCCAAGCUCUCAAGGAUCGAGCGUCCAAAACCCUCUUCCGGAUUCAAAACGAGGGCAAGUUCUUGGAGUUCAAGCCGUCGAUGAUUGCCGCGUCGGCGCUGCUCACCGCCGCCUUUGAGCUCUUUCCGACCCACUUCCUCUCGUUCCGCUCCACCGUUCUCUCCAGUAAAUUUGUUGAUAAAGAAACCUUGUCGGCGUGCUGCGAUGCGAUGCUACCGGCGGCGAUGGACGGCGGCUCGAAGCAGACCGUAAAGAAGCCGGGCUCGAGCUCCGACUCGCCGGUGACCGUGCUGGGCCGCCGCGACUCCGAUAACGGCAAGACCGUCGGAUCCUCUUUACAUGAUCGUGAUGCCAAGAAGACCCAUCUCGCCUAGAUCUGCGGCUGAGCCGCUGCCGCCGCCGCCGCUAUCAGAAUUCACCCAGAGGGACUACAAACUAAAGAGUGGAGAUUUUCUUUUUUUUUUUUUCUUUUCGUUUUGUUAUAUUUUAGUUAAAUAGAGAAAUAGAGGCUUUUAUCCGAUAUUUGAUAGCGAGAGGGAGAAAAAAAAGGGGAUAAGAAAAGUUUAUCUUAUAGAUUUUUUUUAAUAAAUAAUGGUAUUUUGAUAAUCUAAUUAGUUUCGUCAACGAGGUGUACGGACCGAUACGCUGCGUGCCGCAAGCAACCUCACGUGUGGCUUUGGAUGAGCUGUGGGGUCCAUUGAUGAGAAAGUGUCGGCGAUGUUCUUCAAAAACAGAGAGAGUGUCGGCGAACGGGCGUCUCCAAGUACUAAUCAUUGUUGUGGGGCCGAAGGUGGAGUCACGUGUGAAAUAAUUGAAAACAAAGGGGGAGAAUGUCUACAGCAGAAGUAGGAAGUAUGACGAGGUUAGCUUAAUAUACCAACAAUCCAGUAUUUAUUCUUUAUUUGAUUAAUAAAUCUACUGCUUUCUCAUUAAGAAAUAAAUGGUAAUUAGUGGGAUUUGAGCUGGAUUCACU